AUGUACCAAUGGCUGCUCGCGGUCCUCCGCGCACUCCGCGACGCCGCCCGCCAGGCCCCGGCCCCGGCUCCGGCCCUCGCCCUCAGCCCGGAGCCGCGCCCGGAGCCGCCGCGCCGAAAGAAACCGGCCGCCAGUGUUUUGUCACCUGUGGAAGAUCCUGAGGAGAUCUCUGCAAAGAGGCCGAAAACAGAAUGUCUCUCUGGGGCUAACAAGGAGCCUGAAGAGGUUUCUGUGGCUGCCAAGUUGCCACAGAAGGCAACAAGUAGAAGCCAGGAGACUGAAGAGAGAGAUGACUUCUCCUUCUCUGAGUCUGAAGAUGAGGUUGUGUACAUUUCUUCUGACUCUUCAUUUGUAGCAUCUGCAGAGGAUGAGGCCACAACGGAACCUGACGAAAUGCCUUGUGACACCAACCCGUGCUUGACUGAGGAAACACCAUCCUCUCUUUGUAAGAGAGUUCCAUAUCUGAGCCUGAGCAGGAAUAACCACAUCCGAGCUGCUCCAGAGAGCCCUGUCACACCCAGGCCCCCCAUUAAGGAGCCAGGUCCCCACUCUGCAGGAGCCCGUGGCACCAGGAGGCCUUUGUGUGCUGCUGAAGAGGAUGUUCAGCAAGCAGAAAAUAAGAAAUACAAAGAGCUCUUGAGUCUGUUCAAAGAGAAAUAUUCUGGAAGACUUACUUCUCCACGGUCAGCAAGACUCAACAAAGUUCAAACCAAGGAACCAGGGAUGACUGGGAGUCCCCUGAAAGAACAAAAACCCAGAGGUGCCUCUCCACCUGUGCCAGGAAGGACCAGUGUCAAACAUGGGGAUGUUUUCAGCCCCCAGCUGCCUCAGAGGGGUGUCAUGAUCAGCUACUACACACCACCAGAAGAUUCUCGUGGACAGGGAAAACGAGAGAAACGAGCUGCUUCAGUGCGGGGCCAGCGUGAAGCCGAAGUCCCCCAAAGAAAAUUAUUCCAGUUCCAUGUGACACCUGUCCUGUCCAAAGACCUCUUCUUUGUGGACAGUGAGCCACUGCCAUGCCUAGAAAAGCCAGGAGAUGAUCUGGCUCCACUGACAGAGGUACCUAUGCUCAGCAGCAAGCCAGUGCUGUGGCUGGUUCAGCCUGCAAGGCUCCUUGCUCUGGCACUGGGGCUGCACUUGGAGCCUUCUGGAGGGCUGGUGUGCUCCAUGUGCUGUUCCACCAGCCCUUCCCCACUGAAUCCUUUGUUCCAGGCCAUGGAGAGUGAGAUCUCUGCUGCCUUUGACAGUGGUGAACCUGAGGACAUCCUGAGCAGGGCCUUCAAGCUCACUGUCACCCGUGAGGACAUCUGCACCCUGCAGCCCCUGGGCUGGCUCAAUGACAGGAUCAUGAAUUUCUACAUGGGUCUUCUGGUGGAAAGAAGCAAGAAGGAAGGAUAUCCAGCAGUCUAUGCUUUUAAUACCUUCUUUUAUUCCAAGCUGAGCUCUACAAGCCACAAGGGAGUAAAGAAAUGGACUAAAGGUGUGGAUAUCUUUGAGCAUGAUGUCAUAUUGGUGCCUAUUCACCUCAGAAUUCACUGGACACUGCUGGUCGUAGACCUCCGAGAGAAAACCAUCAAAUACUUUGACUCCUUGGGACAGAAAGGAGACCACAUUUGUAAAACUGUCUUAAAAUACCUGGAAGAGGAAAGCAGGGAAAAAAGAAACAUUGAAUUAACUGCUUCUGAGUGGACUCUUCACAGCAUGGGCACAGAGGAAAUCCCUCAACAAAAUAAUGGAAAUGACUGUGGAGUUUUUGUUUGCAAAUUUGCUGAUUUCAUCUCCAGAGACAAACCCAUCAUCUUCACCCCGGAACACAUGCCUUAUUUCCGCAGGAAGAUGGUGUGGGAAAUAAUCCAUCAGCAGCUGCUGGGAGACAUGCACUGUUAGGAAAACACUGUUCUGUAAAAGAGUAGUAUUUAUUUCAUAUUGUUUAGGUAAGAUAAGAUAAAUAUUAACUUAUGUAAGAGCCUUAUUGUAUGGGAGGUUACUUGUUAAUAGAGUAAUUUAUUUUUUAAUUGAAAACUGAUCUGCUGUCUCUGUGUGAUUUUUAACUUAUUCCCCAUCUGAAGAAGAACAGGGGCUGUCUCCUCCCCUGGUGGCUCUGGGGACAUCCCUGUGCUGCUCCUGACCCGAAGACCCACAAGAUCCCUGCAGAGGGGCUUUGUCUGUCUCUGCUUUCACUGAUUGGUUCAGUCUGGCACAAUCUCGGGGCAGAUUCUCCAAAGGACAAACAAUUCCAAAGACACUCAUGUUUUAUCCCUACAAAUAAUUAAUCAGGGAUAAUUAAUCUUCCCUGAGGAUGCAGAAGAUCUGAGCAU